AUGGGUGCCUAUUUUUCUUCUCAGCCGUCCAUAAAUGUGAAUCAAACGAUAGAAAAUUUGGAAAAAAUUCGGAUGGAGCGAGAAAUUGCGUUUGCGCAACUUCAAGAAAAGCGGAGAAUAGCCUAUCAUAUUGCCGAGCAACGAGAAAAACUUAAUUGGGAAGCUUGCGGUGGAGGACUUCUUAUUUUAGUAUCUGCAAUUUCCAGCAUUUACCACAAAAAUCUUUUCCACGUGGUUCCUAUGUUUCCAGUGGCAGCUUUUCUUGGGUACAAGACUCAUUAUUGUUACGGUGAUCAAUUACAACGAAUUAAUGACCAAGUCAACGAUAUUCUCGAGCAAAAUGCCGGAAACCUUGUUCCUCUUCCACCAUCGAUUUCUGAUAUUCGACGACGAGCGAAACAGCUUAAGAAUCUUGUUGACGAUGAAAUUUGA